AUGGAUGUUCUGAACAAGCUACUAAAUGUCGAAAAUGUUGAAGAUAUUAGCGUAGAGGUUUCUGAAAUCGAACAAGACAUAUAUACUUCCUUUAUUAAAAAUACCAAUGAUUUUACGAAGUCUCAUCCAUCGCUGAACAAUGGGGUCAGCUUGUCAAAGGAUCUUACUGUUUCGCAACAUAAAGAAAAGCAAGUCAACGAAUCUAUUGAAAAUAUUAUUCCCGAACUCCAAACAUACUUAAGGAAUUUUAAUUCACAACUCUCUGACUUCACUACCGAAUUAAGAUUUAUAAGACAUAAAUCUGCAGAAUUAAAGAACUUAUUAGAAAAUAAUUCUAGAAAACUUUCAAAAAUCAGUCCAUUAGUGAAUGACUUAAUAAUACCUCCAAAAAUUAUAAAAUCCAUAAUACACGAUAAGAUAACAUCGUCAUGGCAGGAUAAUAUAUUAUUCAUCAAGGAUAAAGAAGAAAUAUAUUCAAAAUACAAGAAGGAAAGAAGCAAUUCCGAAUCAAACAAUAACACCCAAAGUGGCAUGAUUAUUUUGCCUAAGGACUUCGAUAACCUAUGUCAAUUACUAGAAAUAUUGAAAACGAUCAUUCUCGAGAGAUCAAAGAAAUUUAUAAUAUCAAGAAUUAAAAUUCUUAGAAGUGGACGUCCGAUCCCAUCCCAGAGAGUACAACAACAAAUGUUGCAUGUGAGGCAGAUAUACUCAUUUAUUAUUGAAAAUAACUAUUCUUUAGCUCUAGAAAUUCGCCAAGCAUAUGCAUACACAAUGAAAUGGUACUAUAAGGAGUAUUUUAGCCGUUAUAUUAGAUCUUUAACUAUUUUGCAAUUUAAGAAUGUUGACACUCAGUAUUCCUUAGGGAAUAUAUUGGUCAACAGCAACAAUGCCAACGGUGGAGGUAGUUUCGCUUCAACACUUUUCGGUAAUUAUCUUGGAUCUAGUUUUACAACUACUGUUACAAAUGAUAUGAUAAAUGAAUAUUUCCAAAUCUUAAAAAGGUUGACAAUUUUGACACAAGAAGAUAAUACAGUAAUGGUAUCGCAGAUAGCUGAACAUAACAAUAACGUAAAUUAUAUUGAAAUAGGUUUUAAAAACCUAAACUUAGCUAUCCUGGAUAAUUUCACUGUCGAAUUUAAUUUUAUGAAGAGCUUCUUUCAAAUUUCCACUAAUGUCGCAGAAAUUCAUGGUUUAUUGGAACAGAUAUUUAAACCAACUUUUGAUGAAGCUAUGGUUUAUACAGAAAAUGUAUUGAUUACUCAGUAUGUUUAUGACAUAUUUGGUGUACUGAUUAGUAUUAGGGUCGCAAAUCAGCUUAUCAUUGAGAGUAGGAAGAGGUCAAUUGGAGCAAUUGAAGAUUACAUGGAAGAUCAAUUGAUGUCACUGUGGCCAAAAUUCCAACAAUUAAUUGAUUGGCAAGCUGAGUCGUUGAAUUCAAUUGAUGUUAGUCAACUUAUAUUAAAAAAGGAGACGGUGUAUUCAUCGCCAAAUGAUUUGACAAUUAGUUUCGCUUAUUUUCUUAAAAGUUUAUUGAUACUCACAACAUCUGCGGUACCUGAUAAUGCUAAUUCGAGUCAUGAGAGUUUAUCUACCAUUGAAGGUAAUGACUCCACUAUAAAUAUGAAUACUGAUGAUCAAGCUGUGGACGAUACAUCAGAGCCAUUAUAUAAUUCCAUAAUAAGGAUAAGAAACGUAUUUGAGAUGGUGAUGACAAAAUUCAGUAAAACGUUAGAUUCUCCAGAAAAAUUUCUUUCAAUUAAUUAUAUGCACCUUUACAAUAUGUUAGAACAGCAAAAUCUAUUGUUAUUGGAAGCAAAUGAAAUUGGCCAGAUGGAAAAUGAUAACCCUAUUCUCAAAGACACAGCAUUUCACUACAAGACAUUAGUAGAGGCAUUUAAUAAAACUUAA